AUGGGUGGAGAAGCUCACCCAAGAGCUCCUCCCAGCUCUUAUCCGAAGCUGGUCGAGCGCCCGGUGGGCCAGCAUAUCCGGAGUAUCUACCUCGACAGAUUGCGCCAAUUCACUGAUGAGGGUCUCUACCGCGAGGAUGGGCUUGUUAGCAAGUAUUACGAUGCCGUCGUAUCCGACCAAGAACACGUUAAGCUAUUCGUAUACUCCCCACCGAACUUAUCGCGACCAACUUUCAAAGAAGCGACAUCACAUAAAUUCAAACCUACCAGCACCGGCAAUGCUUUUGGCCCAAGUUGGUCCACACACUGGUUCAAAAUCCACUUGACAAUACCUCGAGAUUUGCUGGGCAAAGAGCGCUUGGAAUUCCAUUGGGAUGCGGGCAAUGAGGGAUUGAUUUGGACAGAGCAUGGUCAUCCGUUACAAGGAUUGACCGGUGAUGGUGAACGUAUCGAAUGGAUUAUCCCAGAGAGCUUCCGUGAUGGUAAAGAGCAUGUUUUCUACAUUGAGAUGGCAUGCAAUGGCAUGUUUGGAAAUGGAAAUGGAAAUUCGAUAGCACCUCCGGAUGAUAACCGCUAUUUCACGCUGUCGAAAGCACAGAUUGUCGCUGUUAACCUGGAUGCUCGAGCUUUGUAUUAUGAUUUUUGGAUUAUUGGAGAUGCCGCAAGAGAGUUCCCGCAAGACUCUUGGGAACAGCACGAAGCACUCAUGGUCGCAAACUCUAUUAUGGACACUUUCAUCGCAGGCGGUGGAAGCAAGCAGGCAAUCAAGGACGCCCGCAAGGUCGCUCAGCGAUAUCUAGGCGACCGGGUUGAUUCUCACAAAGUAUAUGAUACUGACACGGAGGCGAUCGUUUAUGCAAUUGGUCAUUGUCACAUUGACACCUGCUGGCUAUGGCCAUUUGCAGAGACGAAGCGCAAGGUCGCAAGGUCUUGGUCAAAUCAAUGCGAUUUAAUGGACCGUUAUCCGGAGCACCGAUUCACCGUUUCUCAAGCUCAGCAGUACAAGUGGCUUAAAACCUACUAUCCAUCUGUUUUUGACCGGGUGAAGAGUUACGUCAAGAAAGGACGCUUUCAGCCUAUUGGCGGCAGCUGGGUCGAACACGACACCAACCUUCCUAGCGGAGAGUCUCUUGUACGACAAUUCCUGUACGGACAGCGGUUGUUUGAAAGUAACUUUGGGGAAAGAUGUCGCACAUUCUGGCUGCCAGAUACCUUUGGAUAUUCGUCACAGCUACCACAGCUGUGUCAACUAGCCGGUAUGAAGCGAUUCUUUACCCAAAAACUGAGCUGGAACAACAUCAACAACUUCCCUCAUACUACCUUUAACUGGGUUGCUCUUGACGGCAGUCAAGUACUUUGCCAUAUGACACCAGCUGAGACGUAUACUGCCUCUGCUCAUUUUGGCGACGUUAGGCGGAGUAUCACUCAGCACAAGUCCCUAGAUCAAGACAAGACGUCACUCUUGGUCUUUGGUAAGGGAGACGGUGGUGGUGGCCCGACUUUCGAGCACCUGGAGAAACUGCGUCGCUGCCGUGGUUUAUCUGACAAGGUCGGAUUGCUUCCUCGUGUCAAGAUGAACACCUCCGUGGACGAGUUCUUUGAUCAGCUACAAGAAAAGGCAGCCAAAGGCGUGAACUUUACAACCUGGUAUGGUGAGCUAUACUUUGAGCUGCACCGAGGCACCUACACAUCUCAGUCGAACAACAAGCGCAACAACCGAACAGCCGAGUUCCUGCUUCGAGAGAUUGAAUACUUCGCAACCUUGGCUACUGUUGGCAAGACAAAAAGUAGCUACAAAUACCCCAAGGAAGACUUGGAUAAUAUUUGGGAAGCGGUACUGCUCUGCCAGUUCCAUGACUGCUUACCUGGUAGCUCAAUCGGCAUGUGUUAUGAAGACACAAGGGAGAUUUACGCCGAGGUUUUUGCCACUGGUCACAGACUUAAGAAAGAAGCUCUUGCUGCUCUUGGGUUCAGUGAACCUAAGUCUAGCGAGAAUGUUCAAUAUAUCAAUACCUUGCCUUGGCAGAGAUCUGAAGUUAUUAAACUUCCCGAAGCUGUGUGCCAUAGCAAUGGGCCAAGCUACGCUCAAAUAAGUGGUCGUACUGGUGCAAUUGACGCUUCUUUGCUCAACAACUCUGCGACACCACGUGUUAGCAUCAAGGAAGUGAAGCCAGGAGUAUUCCGUCUUACUAAUGAAAAGUUAAAAGUCGACAUCCAGGACGGUGUGAUCGUUUCGUUGUACGACGUCGAAGCUGAACGAGAGGUGAUUUCUCGAGGAGGUAAAGCCGGACAACUGGUUAUUUUUGAUGAUAAGCCCUUGAACUGGCAGGCUUGGGAUGUAGAAGUUUUCCAUCUCGAAUCUCGCAAGGAGCUCAAGUCUAGCACCACCUCCAUUGCAGAGAACUCUCCCCAUUGUGUUAGUGUAGUGACGGAAACUCAAAUCAGCGAGCACAGCUGGAUCAAGACUACUAUUAGCUUGAAGGCUACCGUGGACAAUGAGCCUUCAUAUGUCGAAUUUGACAGCGAGGUUGAAUGGCGAGAGAACAAGAAGUUCCUCAAGGUCGAGUUCCCGGUCGAUGUCCACAACACUGAAGCUUCGUAUGAGACUCAGUAUGGUAUCGUCCGUCGACCGACACACUACAAUACAAGCUGGGAUAUGGCCAAGUUUGAAGUCUGCUCCCACAAAUGGGCCGAUCUCUCCGAAUACGGCUACGGAGUCUCCAUUCUCAACGAUUGCAAAUACGGCUUCGCCACAGUUGGUAACGUGAUGCGAUUGUCUCUCAUGCGAGCCCCCAAAGCACCCGAUGCCCAUGCUGACAUGGGCCGUCACCACAUCCGCUACGCCAUCUUGCCUCAUUCCGGCCCUCUCGACCACCGCACAAUCCGCGCCGGAUACAACUUCAAUCAACCUCUGACCGCCGUCUCGGCGACCAGCAAGAACACUGGUGCCUUCGACGCAAUCCACAUGACCGGCUCAAAGGCCCUGAUCCUAGACGCCGUGAAACGCGGCGAAGACGACGAGGACGUAUCCCGGGGCGAACUCGCGAAGAGACCCGGUCAAAGCAUUAUAAUGCGACUGUACGAGUCUUUAGGCGGAAAAGCGCGUGGAACUAUUCAUACUACCUUGCCGGUUAAGAAAGUGUGGAAGACGAAUUUGUUGGAGGAUGAUGAGGCUGAGUUCUCGAUUGUUGAAAAUCACAAGGAUGCCACGUUUGAAGGGCAGAAAAGUGUAGAUCUUGAGUUGAGGCCGUUUGAGGUUGCUACUUUUAGAUUGCAGCUGUAG